AUGGAAAGAAUAGGAGAAUACGAAAUUGUUUCUGUCGUCGGCAGCGGCUCUUUCGGCAAGGCAGUUCUCGUGAAGGACAGGGCGGGACGCAAACUGAUAAUGAAGCUCAUUAACACGAGGCAAAUGAACAAGGAAGAUAUAGAGGAGGCGAAGAGAGAAAUACAGGUUUUGUCUAAACUGGUCGACGCCCCUUUUAUUGUUCACUACAGAAAUGCAUUUAACGACACUUAUCACGGAAACCCUCACCUCUGCAUCGUCAUGGACUUCUGCGAGGGGGGCGACAUGGCGAAGCUGAUUCGCGAGCGAAAGCGGCAGCGCAAACCCUUCAGCGAAAUCACUUUGAGGACUUGGCUGCUGCAGUUGGCAGUGGCACUGGACUUUAUGCAUAAACACAAAAUACUGCAUAGAGGUAAUUAA